UGAGCUGACCCUCAGACUCGUAAAAACCUACAGGGCCUCAGCACCCUCACCUGGGAUACCCAAACUCUUGGACGAGAGGUGCAAGACGGGUCCAAGCAGCCAUCAAGGACGUGGCUACUUUCUUGGGGACCAAGAAAUUGAGUUUUUGUCUCUGCACUUAACUCUGGCAAUCCAUGAGGCUUAGUCCGUUGCGUUGGGGAAGCGGCUGUGUACAAACGCCGGGUGGCCGUGGAGCUGCAACCCAGGGCUGACCCAGGGCCACGCGUUUCACGGCCAGAGACUCUGGGGCACCUGCACGCACUCUCCAGAUCAGAGCGUUGACAGAAAGAAUGUUCAAACACCUUCGGAAAUGGUUCAUUGCUCACUUUUUUGGGCAUUCUCGGCAAAGAGCAAGGCUGGUCUCCAAAGACGGAAGGUGCAACAUAGAGUUUGGCAAUGUGGAGGCACAAUCAAGGUUUAUAUUCUUUGUGGACAUCUGGACAACUGUGCUUGACCUCAAAUGGAGAUACAAAAUGACCAUCUUCAUUACAACCUUCUUGGGGAGCUGGUUCCUCUUUGGUCUCCUGUGGUACGCUGUGGCAUACAUUCACAAAGAUCUCCCCGAGUUCCAUCCUUCUGUCAACCACACCCCUUGUGUGGAGAACAUUAAUGGCCUGACCUCAGCUUUUCUGUUUUCUCUGGAAACCCAGGUGACCAUUGGGUACGGAUUCAGGUGUGUGACAGAACAAUGUGGCACUGCCAUUUUCCUCCUGAUCUCCCAGUCUAUAAUUGGGGUCAUCAUCAAUUCUUUCAUGUGCGGCGCCAUUUUAGCCAAGAUCUCCAGACCCAAAAAACGUGCCAAGACCAUCACAUUCAGCAAGAACGCAGUGAUCAGCAAGCGGGGCGGGAAGCUUUGUCUCCUAAUCCGAGUGGCUAAUCUUAGGAAGAGCCUCCUUAUUGGGAGUCACAUAUAUGGAAAGCUCCUGAAGACCACAGUCACUCCUGAAGGAGAGACCAUUAUUCUGGACCAGACAAAUAUCAACUUUGUAGUUGAUGCAGGGAAUGAAAACUUAUUCUUCAUCUCCCCAUUGACGAUUUACCAUGUCAUUGAUCAAAACAGCCCCUUCUUCCACAUGGCAGCAGAGACCCUUCUCCAGCAAGACUUUGAAUUAGUGGUGUUUCUAGAUGGCACAGUGGAAUCAACUAGUGCUACCUGCCAAGUCCGGACAUCCUAUGUCCCGGAAGAGGUGCUCUGGGGCUACCGUUUUGCUCCCAUAGUAUCCAAGACUAAGGAAGGGAAAUACCGAGUGGAUUUCCAUAACUUUAGCAAGACUGUGGAGGUGGAGACCCCUCAUUGUGCCUUGUGCCUUUAUAAUGAAAAAGAUGCCAGAGCCAGGCUGAAGAGAGGCUAUGACAAUCCCAACUUCAUCUUGUCAGAAGUCAAUGAAACAGAUGACACCAAAAUGUGACAGUGGCUUUUCAACGGGAGUAAAGCAAAGUCGUGAAGAUACCUAGUGACUAGAAGUAUUAGGAAGCAAUCGACAGUUUGAGGGUAUGAAAUUAGGACAAGAGCCUUCAAUGUCUAUCAGGACCAUGCCCCUGAACCCAACAGCCACCAUCUUACAAGACAUAUAGCUCUACAAGGCAACUGCAUCGGAACAUGCGAUAUUCUCAUAGGAAAUGGCAGUAUGGAAGCCAUAGGAGUUAACUUGGAAUCUUGAAUAUGAUUAUUUGAAAUCAUGCAGUGUUGAUAGAAACAGACAAAAUCAUCAAAAUUUUACAACAGGCCAAAUGAGAUCCUACAAGUCUCCUUGAAGAAGUUAUGAGCUUCAGAUAGGGUCAGGGAAAAACCAUGUUCCCAUUUUGAUUAUACUGAUGAUAAAUAAGGCACUUUUGUUGUAACACUGGCUUUUAUCAAGGGAAAAAUGGACUCCCUUGGAGGCCAUUUGGUUGGAGGAGAUGAACUAAUUAGAGAUGAUAAGAAAAGACUGGUACUCCAAGAACAUUUGUGAGGCUCGGAGCUUCUCCAGUUCUGGUUGUUGGAGCUUUAUCUUAGUCUAGGUCAUGCUGUGUCUCCUGAAUAGCAAGGGAAGGCUCAGGCCAUGGACUCUGCAUCUCUACAUAUGUGACAUGGAGAGGAGCAGUGAGCUCAACCUGCUUUAUGGCACAUCCAGACCCUAGAGCUCAGAGUUGGGUUUUGGCCCAAUUAAUCUCACGUGGUUACAUUUAGACAGGGGCUAAAUCACCACUCUAACAUCUCAAUGAACACUUCCUGAAGAAAGAAUGCUUGAUUUGAAAAUGGUGGUGAUAUUUCUUCCAAUUUGUGUUAGGCGGGAUAAGGGGCUACAAAUUAGUUAAAAGAAUAUGUCCCGAUCUUCCAGGAAGGCAGCCAAGAGUUAAAGGUGUAAUGUCAGUUUAGCAGGGCCAGUACUGCCAGUGCUUCUGAAAAAGAAAGUAUCUUGUGUUUUUCUGCCUUGAGUUUAUAACCGAAAUGCUGUUUCUAAAGGAGCAGUGUGGGAAGGAAAGGGAUGGUCUGUGGCCCCACAGAAAGGAAAAUGCAAGGUGUGCCUUUCUCUGAGGCCCAACACCACAUCUUCCUCAAAAGGGAAGGACUGAUCUUUAGAGAAGGGUUUUACUGUGAAUGUCUCUUUUCAGUUCUUCACCUACAUUAUUUUGAAUCUAUUCUGGAAGGAAUGGGACUCAGAGCUGCUUAGGAAUCAAAAUGUUGUCAGUGUGUUGAUUAAUAUAUUAAAUAUCUGAAGCUGUGCAUGAGCUUUCCAAAAGUACAGUUAUUCCGCAUUAAUUUUAAGAGACCAUCAGGUGACAACUCCCUUGCUGAGGAUAGACUUUCUCCGGGGUGACGUAGAAGGGGUAGGAAGAUGGCAAAUGUGACCAUAUGGUGUCUCAACACCAGCUAACCCUGGGGGAACUGACCUUGUUGUUACAGACAUGCCUUAGCCCUUGUCAGUCCAUCAAAUCACUCCAGGGUGUCUUGGCACAUAAGAUGGCAGCUGCAGUAGUUUUCACUAAGGAAAGUUCUGUGUUCCCAGGCCUGGGGACAAGUUUGUUCAGAUUCAUCCACAUGGUUGGGUCCUUCUGACUACACCUAGUAAGGAGUCUGAUGGGCUAAGAGUUGUGCACUUUGUCAGUGGCCAUAACAUUGGACAUGACUGGCCUACACAGGAGAUGACUCUGUGCCUCUAAGUGUCCCUGCACCGCAAUUUGAUCUAUUGACAAAGCUAGAGGAAAUGAGGUAUGACAAGCUCUAGGAAGCCAGAAUUCUCUACUGACCCACUGUCAUGAGGUUUUAUGACUCUGUAGUCCCUUCAUAAACUGGGGAGUCAGGACACAUUCCUUUUGGUCUGUUCUGCUCGUUAACAGCAUGCUCUGGGAUUGCUGGAAGUGAAAGGAUCUUAUGAAAUCUGCUCCUUUUGAUUGUUAAGAUUGCUGAUCGACCAGAAUCUUUGUUAUUGGCUUCCCUUUCUGGGUUACUCGGUGGAAAUCUGUACCUUCAAAUAUUCCUUUGUUGGGAUUAAGGCACUAUGCUACCUGGAGUCUCUUUCUUAAUGUAAUUCCCAUUGAACAUCUAGCAACCAUUAAUAUACUUACAUCCAAUAAAGCCCUGAGGAAAUGAGGGUCCACAGGUACCUUUUAAUAAUCCUAAGGGGUGGCUGGAACCCAAAAGCAGCAUAGAAAAAACCUGGAUGUUUAUAAAAAGAGGAUGACCAAAGGCAUAGGAGCUCAGUGAGUAAAGAAAAUAAAUGGGACAUAGAAGGCUCCAGAAGGCUAACUUGCCUCAAAGUUGAUGCUAAUGCUAAAGGCAGGGUUUUUAUUCCAAUGAAGUAACAUUGUUCACAACAGGACCUGACCACUUUAGUAUUGUAUUUGCCACAGGUGUGCCAUAGUGUUGUAUUUGCUGAAUUAUCUAUCCAUUCCGAAAGCAAUUCAGUAUUUCUUAUUCCUUCCAAGAAAAACUGCAUCCCAUGAUGCUGUACCAUAUUCAGAGUUUUGCUUGGCAGUGACCCCCCUCCCCUUAAAGUGCCUAAUUUAGCUCUGUUGCUGUGGGGGUUUUGAUUUGGAGGCUCUCAACCUUUAUCCUCCAGGACUUAGGUCGACUCAAGUGCCAAUAUUCAGACUUGAGAUUUGGGAGGUGGUCUAAACAUUUACUCCACAGGCGAGAAGGGGAAGAAGGAAAAGAUCUCGAAGCUGUCCAAUCUAAGAAGUGAGAUGAGUAGACUGUUUCCAUGGCUAAUGGGCAGCCCCUAGGACAGUGAAGAACUCUCCUGGACUGUGUGGACAGUUGAGGUGGCGCCUUCCUUGAAGUGUCCCAUUUUCACAAAAGGGAACACUGCUUCUCAACAGGAUGGUUGGGUGAGGAGCAUGGGGGAUCCUUCCCCAUCUAGAAAACCUCUGAUGCAAACGAUGCAAAUGAGCCCCUGACCCCGCCCCUGGGCCGUUGUUGUCUGCCAUUCCAGGAAGUGCAUGUCAAUCAAAGCUUGACAGGGGAGAUAGAGCAUUUUAUUUUGGAAGCCAGAAGUUUGAGAACAAUGACUGGAAUUUCCUCUUUCUGUCCAGCAAGGGCUGUUUGUCACUGGGGAGAUAAAAGUCCAGGGGUAGGGAAUAAAGGUUAUCGGGAACAGCGCAACACAGAGCCGUGUGGGGGGGCGCCGCGGGAGGAGGGCUUAUGGAGGAAAUCUAUUUCAAUGCCUGUCAUUGAGUUUCCAUUAAAAGAACAUUCAGUUAGGAAUUCAAAAAUAAUUUAAUCUCCCCAGCCAGAUGCACCCAGCUGGACUCCUUGGAGCCGAGCCCUGCAGACAGGGAGCUCUGCACCGGGGCUGGAGGGCCCAGGGACUGGAGAGGGUCACUCCUGCAUCUUCAGCCCAUACAUCCUUGACUGCCCGGGGUGUUGUACAAGACAGUGGCAUCUGUCAGGCUGGUGAGACACCCGGAGACCUGGGCUAUGGCAGGAGAAAUUUAACGCCAGGGACUACUUAUUGAGUUCCUCCCAUGUUGUAGGUUUUGUUCUAAGAGCUCAUAUACAUCACUUUCUUUAAUUUCCCCAAUGAUUCUAUGAAGUACUACUUUUACAUUUAUUUUUCACUUGAGGCAGCUCAGGUAAGGAGCUUGUCCAGAAUUACCUGCUAGGUAAUAGCAGGGCUGGGAUUCAAACUCUGAUCUGUCUCAAAAGACCACGUGUGGAAAACUGAUCAAGUCAGCAUCCUGCCAUAGGCCCCCCAUCUGAGAGGACUCACCAGGUCCAUCAGACAUUUACCUUGAACCCAAGGAUAGUCGGCACAUGUCCCUGGUCCUGCCUUAUGCUUUGCAGAAACCCCUCAUUACUUAGCCCUUGGCUAGUGCUUCAUAAACCUCUCUGGACUUAUCAUGUCCUAGGAAGAGGUAGCGUUUAGCCAGGGCCUCUGGGCAAUCUGCUAGGUCAGCAUCUGGAAAUAUCAUGCGUAUCCAGGUUGCUGUUGGUGCAACCUACCUUCCUAUAUCUACAUAUAUGCUAAAUAUACGUGUAUAUGUGUUGUUUUAUUUUGAUCUCUCAGUAGUCUUUCAUCGGAGGUAGAGACAGGUGUGACUCCCAUUUUGACAGAUGGGGACAUGGAGCCUCCGUUAUCCCUGGAGAACACUGUCUACAUUUUCCACUUACCUCUGUGUUUCUGGCACCGACACGGUGCCUCACAUGGCCAAUAAGUGGUUUUUGAAUCAGCGAAUGAAUGAAUGAAGGAUUUGCUCAAGUCAAUAUGGUUAGUGGUGGAUUUGCAGCGACAGCCAUCCAAAUGAUGUUUGACAAGUUACCUCGUUCACGAGCGGAGGGGCCUUGACAGAUGGCUAAAUUUCACGUAUGAUGAAAUUUUUAUGAUGUGUAAAACUGAGUUUUGAAAUAGGGUGAAGGAGAGAAUUAAAUGAAGUAAUAGACAUAAGCGUCCCUUUAUAAAAAGCAAGUGACUAGUGACGUGGCAAAACAGGAUGGGAGCAUGGAUUCGGAGCCGAGGAGCUGAAGGGGAGAACACUGGUCCACAGGGUAGACCACGGCUGGGGCUUCCUGGACACAGAAAGCAGAGGGGAGGGGGGCUGUGACAGGGGCCAGGGGAAGCCACCAGAUAAAAGCAAUAGGCCCAAGGCCUCCUGGAUAUUGGAUAGGCUCUGAGUUGGGGAAUUUGAGUAGGAUCCUGGUGCCUGGGACUUCAACCCAACAGAUGCUCACUGGUGGCCUACUGUGAGCCAGGGCCUGGGGAUGCAGGAAUGAGGAAGGAAGGAUGGUUUCUCCGGGUGCUGUAAAGGAUCCUGACGGCCUCAAACCAACUCUGAUGCACCAGAGCUGAGUUGGAAGACUGCUGAUUGCGAGGAAAGUGAUUUUCUCGCCUGAUGCCACGUGCUUAUAGUAGUUUCCAUAUAUGAUAUUGACAUGACUGUUGGCAAUGAGACUAUUGACUUUAGUUUUAAAAUUAAUUGGUAUUAAAAAAUUCUUUAUAAUAUGUCCUGCCACUGAUAUGCAGUCAAAGACUGUGUUUUUUUUUAUUUUAUU